CUUAAAGUAGCACAAUAUUAGGUGUUAUUUGGUCAUUUUUUCGUGACUAAAAAUGACUAAAUGUACUUACAUCCAUUCCUCAUCGACUCGAUUCCUAACGACUUCUGUUUCGUGUCUAGUAUCAUUGAUAACUUACCAAUCACAUGACAUGAAUAAAGUUAAUAACAGAGCUUUAAUUCAAAACGGCAUUCAGUUGUUUACAUCACUGAAUCACAGUCGGCCGUUUAACACUUUUACCAUAAAACUGUUGUCAAACACUAGUACAUAAUCUCCCACCACCACAACUGAGAGAAAACGGCGCGCUCUCUGCUCUUUAAAAUAGUAACUCCCGCCUUCUUUCGUUUAAUUGGCUAGUACCUCCCACCGUUUCAUUGGCUAUUUACUCCCAGAUUCUUUCAUUUGAUUGGCCACCUCAAUCAUUUUGACAUAGGCCGCUGCUCAGCAGGUCUGUGAUCAGUUAUCUAUUUGUUGUACAAUUUUCGUUGAACACUAUUUGCAUUUUCACCGUAUUUUUUUGACACGGAAUACACAAUUUUAUUAAAUACCAAGACUCAGAACACUCAUUCCAACGUGUCUGAAGUGAUUCAUAAACAUUAUUUCCUUGACACCCUUAGGACAAUUAAUAAUGUUAGGUUUUAAUAUAACAAAAGCGUAGUAAGCAAGUUCUUUAGCGAUUACCGUUUGAAAAGAAUAUGAAUGGUGCUGACGAUGCCCUCUACAGGCCGCUGUCAUACAGCACAAGCUCCGCCUUCAUGUGCUCCAGUGAAUCUGAUUCAUGUUCACAGAGAGCGCUGGUGCUGGGUCAAAUCAGAUCGGAUCAGAUGCGCUAGAGGAGUCGGACAGCUGAGGUGAUGAUGGCGGCAGCGCUAGAGAGAGGAGGGCUUCGGGCUGCCUUCCUGAACCCGGGCAUCGGCGGCGGAGGAGCGGCUCCGGCGGCAGCGGGCGGCGGAGGGGCUGCAUCCGCGGCCGGGGCGCUGGUGUGCGGCUCGGCGGGCUCCGGGUCCACGCCGGUCCCCAUGAACCUCUUCGCCACCUGGGAGAUCGACCGCUCGUCGUCCCCGAGCUGUGUGCCCAGGCUGUGUAGUCUGACUUUGAAGAAGCUCAUUGUACUGAAGGAGUUAGAUAAAGAAUUGAACUCGGUGCUCAUCGCUGUGAAGAUUCAGGGCUCCAAACGUGUGUUGAGAUCGAAUGAGUACAUCCUCCCGCCCAGCGGUCUGAUGGAGACGGAGCUGGAGCUGACCUUCUCACUGCAGUAUCCUCACUUUCUGAAGAGAGACGCCAACCGCUUACAGAUUCUACUGCAGAGACGAAAACGCUACAAAAACAGAACAAUCCUAGGCUACAAAACUCUUGCGGUCGGUGUCAUCAACAUGGCCGAGGUGUUGCAGCACCCGACGGAUGGAGGUCAGAUUCUGGGUCUCCAUAGCAACAUGAAGGACGCUCCUGCACGCGUGGCCGAGAUCAGCGUGUUCUCUCUGUCCAGUCAAGCCAUCGAUCACGAGUACAGCAGCGGCCGCACGAGAGCACAGAUCAAAGCCUGCGAUCGCUCUCCUGACAUGGAUAAUUAUUCUGAAGAUGACGAUGAUAGUUACUCAUCCGAGCAGGAGGCCAGUGAUGACGCUGUACACGGACAGGAUCUGUACGAUGAAGACGACGAUGUACGAAAGCUGAAAAAACCCCGACGGAAAAUGAUCAGAACGAUCUCAAUGUCACGACAACCCAACUUCAAACAGAAAUUCGUGGCGUUAUUGAAGAGAUUCAAAGUCACAGAUGAGGUUCUAGAUUCAGACCGGGUGGAUCAGACGCAGGAGGCGGAGGAGGAUUUGGAUCUGUUGUAUGACAGUCUGGAAGUUUAUAAUCCGAGUGACAGCUGUCCGGAGCUGGAAGACACCGAGAGUGUCAUGAGCACGCCCAAACCCAAACUCAAGCCGUUUUUUGAGGGCGUCUCACACUCCAGUUCUCAGACAGAGAUCGGCAGCGUUCACAGUCACAAUCAACACACACACGUCUCCGAAACGGGCUGUGACUUUCUGUCGGUGGAUGUGUGCAAAAGACCCGGAUCCCGACAUCAAGAAGAUGGUAGUAUGGACAACGCAGUUGGGGAGCUCGAUGUGGAGCAUCAUGGGACAGCAUCGACAGAUGUGUCGGCCGGUUGGGAGCCCAACACAGAUCGACCGGGCAGCUCUGUUGCAAAACUGUGCAAGACCGAAUCCCAAAAUCCCAUAUCACCCAGUAAAACAGAGAACCGGGUGCUCCGGCAGGCGAGCAGGACAUCUAUGAAGGACAGAAAGAAUUCUAAAGUUCAGAGCGACCGCACGGCCAGCGUGGACAUGGAGUUAUCACCUGAUGCCCGUUUCACCACACAGGUGCCCAGGAAAUCUGUGUAUGAUCAACUCAAUCAGAUUCUGAUCUCCGACGAGAGACUUCCUGAAAACAUCAUCCUCAUCAACACACUCGACUGGCAGGGUCAGUAUGUUGGCGAGGUUCUGCAGAAACACUCUCAGCCCAUCGUGUCCACCUGCUCGGCCGCUGAUGUACAGGCUGCGUUUAACACCAUCGUCACACGCAUUCAGAGAUUCUGUAACUGUAACGCUCAGACUCCGCCCACCAUCAAGGUUGCCGUGGCGGGUGAUCAGGGAUACCUCAGCACUGUCCUGAGAUUCUUUGUGGAUCUGCUGGCCAAUAAGACACCUGAUUGGCUGAGCUACAUCCGCUUUCUCAUCAUCCCUCUUGGUUCUCAUCCUCUUGCGAAGCAUGUGUCAUCAUUCGACAGUAAAUUUAACAGUAUGUUCAUGGACCCGUCGUGGAGAGAGCUGUUCUGUCGUUCGGAGCCUCCGACCUCAGACACUGUGGAUGUGGCGGGACGAAUCAUUCAGUAUCUCGCUGGAGCAAACGUGUCCCAUCAGUUCCCCAUCUCUGAAGCCAUGCUGACCUACAGACAGAAGAGUGCAGAUGAAGACUCGUGCCAAAAAUUUGUGCCAUUUAUUGGGGUUGUGAAGGUGGGCAUCGUGGAACACAACCUCUCAACAUCAGUGGAUUCUGAUGAUGCGUUGUGCAGUAUUAUGGGUGUGGUGUCCCCACCCACUGCACAGCCGGCCACGCCCCAUGGGAAGGAUAUAUAUGGGACUCCGCCCCCUUCACCCUCUGCAUGUGCUGCUUUCACUGGAGCUGGUUCUCCGUGCACAGGUGGAGAGUUGAUGGGGCUGCAGGUGGAUUAUUGGACGUGGCAGGGUGGAGAGAAGAAGCGUGAGGGUGAGCGGAGAGACGUGGGUUUGAAGAACACACUGAAGAGUCACUUCCGCUCUCUGCAGGUCAGCCGUCUGCCCAGCGGCGGGGAAAUGACUCCUCCUCACGGGAUGGCCAUGACUGUUGUCACUAAAGAGAAAAACAAAAAAGUGAUCUUUCUCAGUAAGAAACUGAAGGAGAAGGAUGUGGAUUCCAGGAGUCAGGUGAUUGACGGCAUCAGCAGACUCAUCUGUACGGCCAAACAUCAGCACACGAUGCUCAGAGUGUGUAUAGACGGAGUGGAGUGGAAUGAUGUGAAGUUUUUCCAGCUGGCGGCUCAGUGGCCCACACAUGUCAAACACUUUCCUGUGGGUGUGUUUGGAUACAGCAAACCGGCGUGAUGAGCACAGAAGUGAGUGGAGAAGACGAAGGAGAAAAGCCAACGUCUGUGAUUCAGUCCGGAGUUUCCUGUGGAAACUUGACCGUCUCGCAUGAAUCGUUCUCCACGUAUACAUCUAUAUUGUUGUGUGAGAGAGAGAGAGAGAGAGAGAGCGUCGUGUUUUAGAUGAGAACAGGUUGCCGUCAUACAGCGAUGGAUGGUGACAGUGAAGCACUUUGUGUUGUUUUUUUACUUGUUUUAUCGUGUCUGUGAAAUCUGGUGGAGAAUGUCGUCAGGUGCAUGAUGGGGUACUGAAGGUGUGUUGCUGUGAAUUUAGGUGGACUUUCUUCUCUCUCAAUGUUCGACCUCCGUGUGUGCGCGUCGUGGUGUUUUGUAGUGACAUUUCGAAUAUGACGAUGGAUAUUUAACCUGCUUUUUAUUCUCGAAGCACACUGUGCAGAAAGCAAAAAUGAAAUCAGUUUGGACAGAAUCAAGGUAAAGAGGCACAAAGCAGGGUCUUUUCUACACAUGAUAAACACGUUCGAGUUAUCUUGCCUUGGCACUUUAAUAUACCUCAAUAGAAACCAUGUGUAUUGAAGAAUCAUGACUGACGGUUAUUUUACACAACUCCGUCACACACGUGUACAUACAUCAUGUGACAUACAGCACAGCAUUAUUAUUGUGUGUAUGAAUGUUUUAAUCCAUCAGAUAGAUCACAGUUAACAUCACCAGAGCACAAACACUUCAGGAUUGUGUCACGUGCGUCUUUAUCUGAAAUCAUCUGAUGUGCUCCGUGUUAUUGAUCACCCGUUUCUCUUUCAUAGCUCAUGAGUUCUCAGCUGUGUUUCAUUUAAGUGUCAGUCAGAUGUUUCUCCUCAGAUUGUUUGGAAAUAAAAAGAGAAACAAAUGAGACAUGAAGAGUCUGGAGGUGUGAAAUGAAUGUGGACACUGUUGACAUCUCUUCUCAAUCUCUCGUGACAGACACGUUUCUGACUCGUUUUCUCGGGAGAAAUAUCUGACAGAUGAGCACAAGUUUCCAUUUAAUCUCAUUGAUUAUUAAGAGAAAUAGUUGUGAUAUUAAAGAGAUUUUUAUUGUUCAUUAACAUGUAGCUGGAACUUGUGCAACACAGUACUGUACGUUUCCGCUUCGAGUGUUGGUGUGAUUUUUUUUAUCCGUACAGUCCACUCAGUUGUUGAUAUUGAAAGAGCAGCACAGGAUCCAUGAAUCAGAUUUGAUUUUUGGGAUCAACUUGAUCAGAUUUAUUUAGAGUUUUGAAAUCCGAGUUCAGUCCUGCACGUUAAACAUGAACUGACGUCAGUAUUUAUUUGAGCACUAAAUAUGAAAAUCUCAUCUUUCAGUUGUAUUCGAGAGGAAACUCUUUGGUUUGGUUGAAUUGCUCUAAUAGAAGGGAAGUGUGUGUGUGUUUGUCAUGGGUUUUGGUGAUGAAUGUAUUGUAUGUACAGUAUUAAUGCUUCGAGGAUUAUUUACAGUAACUAUCUUCUCUUAUAACUGUAACCACUCAAAAUUUCAACAGAUUCCAUCAGAGCUGCUUUUUUUGGUAACUUGUAAAAGUGACCCAUUAAUAUGAUAAAUUAAGCACAAUAAUACAGAACUUGUUUUUAAGAACCACUACAAACUCUCUCCUUGUGUUCAGACAUACAGAAAUGAGGGAAAGAGUGAAUGUCUUUAUAAAAAAAAAAGUUUGUCAUUUCUUGUUUUUUGUUAGCGACCGUGUCUUUAACCCCAUUUGCUUUGUACCCGUGUUCUAAGUGUUUCAUAUAUUUAAUCACAUAAUUAAUAAAGUUCAGGUAACUGUCCCACAUUACGUUUAACCAAACGGACAACAGGAUUGUAAACUGUAACCUGUCAAAGAACAUUUAAUCUCGGACGCUGACGGCAGCACCUUUGCACAAAAACUCAUUUUGAGAGAAUUUUAAUGUAACCACUCGUGAAAUGUUGUUUAACCUUUGCAUGUUUGACAUUUGAAGUAUGUUGCAGUAUUUUAUAGCUUUAUACACUUACACAUGCAGUUGUGUUUAAAUAAAAUGUUUUUAACCUCA